UUUUUUGGACCUUGCUGGAGUGGCGACAAUCGUGCCGCACAUUCUUUUGUCCAUGUUAGCUAGACACAGCAAAGUUUGCACAUUCGUACCGUAUAUGAACUCUGACGGGCAGUGGGAGAUUUGGUCGCAGUGUCGCCAGAGGGCCGUACAUGCCCUCGUCUGCUAGUCUCAGCAACCCGUCUGCCUUGCCUUAGGGCUUCGCUUCCAGCAAAGCUUGUUUCUGGAGUAGUGCUGGAGAUACCUGUCGUCUUCAUUUCAUCUAUUUACCACUUUUCGGGAUGCGUUUGACCAUCCGAACGUAAAGCGCCGCCGGUCGAACAGAGCACCUACCUUACGACAUUGGUCAGUCAUAUUCUCAAUAAGAACACGCCCAAAGAUGCGUUUCCUCGUCAAUUUUCUGACCCUUGCUGGGCUGGCAAUCGGAAAUCCCGUUAACCUCCUCGAGAGAUCCGCUCCGCCUCAGGUCAAAUAUAUAGACGCCAAAGAAAUGACCAACCGAAUGCAUCUGAAGCAUCCGACUCACCUUAUCGGCCAGUCUCUUAACCCUGUCGAAGUGAAGAGGAUGGUAUUGUCUCAUGCUGGCACGGCAGAUACACUCUACCUCCGUAACCACAACACCUUUAUUCCAAUGACCAGCUUCCGGAACGGACCGACCUCAGACGGAGAAACCACUGCAGACAGGCACUGCUUUAUGUGGGACGAGUGGGAGAUUCGCGACAUCAAGUCGUACUGGAGUGCGUAUACGGCAGCCUCAAAGAUGCAGCAUGUUGGGAUCCUCGUCGAACGCGAGUCUGUGACGAUCCCCUGGGAGGAGAAAGUUAUCGCCCAGAGGAGAAUCAGUCUUACUCCCGACUGGAGGCCCAUCAAACAUGUGUUGACUAUUGCACUGGGUUUCGAUACAACAGACGAAUAUACCAAUAAGGGGACUUUUCACUGCACGACCGCUCCAAAUCGUAGGAUUCGUCUUUGGUUCCAGAAAUAUGUUGGAUCAGCAUAUGCGUUCAAGAAGAUAUGCAGAGGCUGCGGUAAUGAAAGGCCAGUAUGCGAAGAAACGUGGACGCCGCAGGGACAAAUUAUCAUUCCAUCUGAUGGCUCCAAUAAGGACAUUAAUUACAACAUGCACUGUAGCUCCGAUUAGCUCAAGCAAGAUGAAGUGAAGAAAUUGAGGGGAUGCGCCCGGAUGGAGAACUCUUGUCAAUUCAUCAGUCGAGUCCGGGCAUCAUGGGUCGUAUUUCUCCAUUGUAUUAUUUAUGAUAGGUCUGUGACAGAUAUUGUCGUUAUCGCCGAGACUUCGCCCUUAUUUACAGUAAUAGGGUCAUAUCUCAGUGUCUAGCAUAGUCUACAAUCCAUCUGUUUCUUAAGC